ACUUUCUUCCGAACAUAUAUUAAGAACGUCAGAUCGUUGACUGCAGUUUAACUGGAUUUUAAGGCCAAAAUACAGUCAUGAGUUUACGUACAGUAGUCUCGAUUUUGGCCACUCUUUUGAUUGUUACUUUGAAAUGUGAUUGUAGUCCUAUCAAAGACGGUGUUCAAAUAGUAACUUAUGGAGAUCCUUGUGUUGUAACUCGACAAUUACCGAUCAAAAUUGAGGUAGAAUAUUAUAUUAUAAUUGUGUAAAUCACUUGACUUUGAGAGGGAAUAAUUUUAGGGACCCAAACCACCGAGACAAGAACAAAAGAUACCUAUAUCGUUGAAUUUGAAAGUUGUUUCUGACAUGCUUGUACAACCACGUAAAAUUGAAUAUCCAAUCGAGAUAGAAAAAGCGUGCACUACUCCGCCAUCAAUGGAAAGGACGUCCACGGUAGACACUUUACGAGGAAAAACUUAUACGUACAAUACUUAUGUUCCUCCUGCUUCUUACGUUCUACCUACGCAGACAAAUUAUAACUAUGCCAUUGAGGUUCCAGUUCCAACGAAAAACAAUAUGGAACACUAUCAAGAGAAACGUGUGCGAUUAAAAGGUCUCACGUCACGAAUUGAUCGGGUAUUGGUUCCCGCUUGUGAAGUUCCAUCAUAAAAUGAAGUAUUUUUAAACACUGUAAAAAAUGGUAUGGAAAAUAAAAUGAUAUUCAAAACAAAUUAUUAGUAAGAUAUUCGUCUUAUCCUUUUUUCCACUUAGUAAAAUAAAACAGGAUCAUUGUUUAACGUUAACAGCGACAAUUUAUCGCGUAAAGUAAAUAAGUAAAUUAUGAAAUACGUGCCAUUUCACGAAUUCUUCUCCAGUCUAUUCAGAUAAUUUGAAGUAAUUAAAACCAGGAAGAUCGUACUUUCAAUCGACGGUAUCAGAAAGACUUUGAUUCUUAUCACCGAAUAAUCUCAACUGUUGCCAAAAUUGUGCACGAUCUGCGUGCCGUUUCCGAAAGUCGGGUAUCAAUCUUGCGACUAUAUCAAGCUGGCCAACGUGGUCAAAAUUAAAGAGUUCUUUUCGAUCAAAAGGAUGAAGAACAAGAACUUUAUACCUUUCUUAUUCUCGGUGGUACUAUGUGCUGCUACCUUAGUUCUCGCCAAUGGCGACCAAAGUAUCGGAACACAAGUACCUGAUAUACAGUUACAAAAUUCUUCGCUCGAAUCUAGUCAGGAUCCGCUCAGAGCUUCGCAAGAAUUUCCACUUCGUAAAAAUGUGACGGAAGAAGCGACAGAAGUUCCGGUAAUUUUUUAUUUAAUAACUUUUCUAAUUUGGAGCAGCAGUGUUAAGCGUAGCAGCAUCAUUUUUUGAUUUCGUUGUUAUAGGAGUCUGUAACCUGGACAUCACCGGCAACUACAGAUGUUAACCAUAACACAACGGAUGAGACAUCGACUGAACCAAUGGAAAC